AUGAAGCUUUUCACCGUUGCAACGCUGGUCACCUUGGCUGCUGCUGCGCCAAGCAUUGCGCCUAAUCCCAAGGUCAAUGUCAAGCUGGAAAUGCAGGAAAACUCCAAAGUCAAGGCCACCGUCAGCAACCCCACAGGCGAGAGCAUCAAGAUCCUCAAGACGGGGUCGAUCUUGGACUCGGCCCCAGUUCAGAAGGCUUCCGUGUCCAACGAAGGCAGCAAGGUCGCUUUCGAAGGCAUUAGAGUCUUCAUGGGUCCUCAAGCCGAAGAGUCAAAUUUCCAGAUCAUCCCUGCAGGUGAAUCCGUCGAAGUGACCUUUGACAUUGCCGAGAUAUACAACCUGUCCAACGGUGGCAGCUUUGACGUCCAGUCCAACGGCCAGCUCAGCUACGCCAAGUCCGGUGAUAUUACCAAGCUGGGGUACAUCUCCUUCGAGUCCAACAAGCUCAACACACACGUCGACGGCGCCGCAGCCGCGGCCUCAUACUCAUCCUUCCACCAGAUGAUGAAGCGCGAGACCAUCCAAAGCGACUGCACCGGGUCCAAGCUCACCGCUAUCCAAACGGCCAGCAAGAACAUCCGCGACAUUGCCACCAAAGCCGCCGAGGGGGCUCGAUCCGGCCCAGCCAAGAAGAUGACCGAGUACUUUGAGAGUGCUAGUCAACAGACUCGCAACGUCGUGGCCGGUGCUUUCGACAAGAUGGCUAAACUCUACAGCACGUCUGGAGGCAAGCCGGAUGUCUACUGCACUGACCGGGCCAGCAACUGCCAGGGAGGAGUCGUUGCCUACACUCUGCCCUCGCAGAAUUACAUCGUCUACUGUCCCACUUGGUUCAGCAGCUACCAGCCCCUGGAUCGAACUUGCCGAAAGGUUGACCAGGCUCAUAUUGCUGUCCACGAGUCCACCCACUUGAGUCUUGUCAAGGGCACCAGUGACUACAACACUUAUGGAUAUGCGAACAGCAUCAAUCUCCCGGCUAGCCAGAAUCUUAACCACGCUGAUACGUAUGCUUACUUUGCACAUGACACCUUGUCUGGCUGUUAA